AUGGCAAGGAAGAGAAAGUCAACAGCAAAGCCACCCCCUAUGAAGCGUAUGCCCAAGCUUGAUACUGUUUUCAAUUGUCCCUUCUGCAAUCAUGCGGAAAGCGUGAAAUGUCAAAUUAAUAAGAAGUACAUGACUGGAGUGGCUGAAUGUAUCAUCUGCCAAGAGAUAUAUCGCACAAAAAUCAAUGCUCUAACUGAACCUAUUGACAUAUACAGCGAAUGGAUCGAUGAAUGCGAACGCGUCAACAACCUUGAAGAUGAAGGCACUCCACAAGCUGGUCGGUCGGCAUCUCGGGAAUUCUAA